AUCAGUGAUAUUUUUACAAUUUAUAAAGCUCAAAUGUUAAUUCCUUCUAAUGGCCAAAGUAUACGGUUUUUCAGUAUAAAUUACAAUUAUUACAAUUAUUAUAUGCAAUUUUAUUAAUAUCUCUUAAAAAAGAUACAGUAAGUAGAAACGUGAAUUAGACACGGCUAUUUAACCGGUUUAACUUAUUGGGUAACUAUUCACGAAAAAAAUAAUGUCAUUUUUGACAUUUGGUGUUGACUGAAUAUAUUUUUUAUUCAUACGAGAAAAAUGGCGGCUUUAAAAACCGAAAUUAAAGAAGACCAGGAAUAUGAGGAAGACCAAGAACGCGUUGUUGAAGAUGAUAUAGAAAAUGGAAAUCCAGAAACUUCUAAAAAAAAGAAGAAAAAGAAAAAUAAGAAAAAAAAUGUAAUUUUGGACGAAGAUGGGAAAGAUGAAAAUAGUGAAAAACAAUUAAAUGAUGCACCCAUGGAUACACCAAUAACCGAAAACGGGGAAGUAGAGGCGGACGGUGACAAGAAGAAAAAGAAAAGAAAUAGAAAAAAGGGUGGUAAACCAAAACAAACGGACCCACCUUCUAUCCCAAUCGUAGAACUAUUUCCAGACGGUGUAUUUCCAAUCGGAGAAAUACAGAAAUAUGAAACAGGUAAAGAUGAUCGUACCGCCAAAGAUCGUUUCACUUCUGAAGAAAAACGAGCACUUGAUAGAAUGCAUAAUGAUAUUUAUAAUGAAGUGAGAUUGGCAGCAGAAGCACAUAGACAGACUCGUCAAUAUAUUCAAAAAUGGAUAAAACCUGGUAUGACCAUGAUAGAAAUUUGUGAAGAAUUAGAAAAUACCGCAAGAAAAUUAAUUGGAGAAAAUGGCCUGAAAGCAGGCUUAGCAUUUCCAACUGGUUGUUCAAAAAAUCAUUGUGCAGCUCAUUAUACACCCAAUGCUGGUGAUAAGACAGUUUUUGAAUAUGAUGAUGUUGUAAAAAUUGACUUUGGCACUCACAUUAAUGGUAGAAUUAUUGAUUGUGCUUUUACCCACACUUUUAAUCCUAAAUAUAACAAAUUGGUUGAAGCAGUUAGGGAUGCUACUAAUACCGGAAUUAAAGCAGCAGGUAUUGAUGUUCAACUUUGUGAAAUCGGAGCUCAAAUACAGGAGGUCAUGGAGUCAUAUGAAGUUGAAUUAGAUGGAAAAACUUACCAAGUUAAAUCUAUAAGAAAUUUGAAUGGGCAUUCUAUUUCACCUUAUAGGAUACAUGCUGGUAAAACAGUACCAAUAGUCAAAGGAGGGGAGGCUACUGUAAUGGAAGAAAAUGAAUUUUAUGCAAUUGAAACUUUUGGCUCUACGGGUAGGGGUGUUGUACAUGAUGAUAUGGAAUGCUCCCAUUACAUGAAAAAUUUUGAUGUUCCCUAUGUGCCAUUACGUCUACAAUCCUCCAAAUCUUUAUUAAACAUUAUCAACAAGAAUUUUGGAACGCUAGCGUUUUGCAAAAGGUGGUUAGACAGAGCUGGGGCAACAAAAUACCAAAUGGCCUUAAAGGAUUUGUGUGACAAAGGGAUUGUAGAUGAUUAUCCUCCGUUAUGUGACAUAAAAGGAUGUUAUACAGCUCAGUUUGAACAUACUAUAAUGUUAAAGCCAACAUGCAAGGAAGUUGUUUCCAGGGGAGAUGAUUACUAAUAUUUCACCAAAAUGUUUAUUCAACUGAUACCAAUUUUAUUAAUAAGAAACUUUCAUCAAAAUAUGAAUAUCGAAUUUUUUCUAUUAAAAAAAUGUGGUUAGUUUUACAUAGCUUCAACUAAUGUGGGCAAUGUAAACUUUCUUCUACAUGUACAUUAUCUGUAUGUAAUAAAAAACUGUAUAGGAAAAUUUUUUUAUGUGGAAGAGUGCUUAGAGAAUUGAGACAGAAUUGAAAAAAUGUUUCUGUUUCUUCUUAAAUUCGGGAUAGUGUAAAUGCAAUAAAUUUGACAAAAU